CGCGACGCUUUUCUUGUUAAAAGCGUCGCCAACGAGAAAAGCGUCGCCCUAGCACACUAUCCAUCGUUUUAGCAGCUAAAGAAUGCCUUUGAAGAAAAAAUAAUCUAAUUUAUAACAAAACAGUCAUGGCAAAGACUGUUCCUACGGUGAAAGACGAAGAAUUGGAGCAGCUCGUUGAAAGACUGUUGAAUUACAAAGUCGGAAGGUACCAGAAAUUCGAUGAUGCCUGCGGCGGGGAAAUGGAAGGCUUCCGCUUGAAUAUCGUACUUUUUGGAAUGACUGGUUCUGGAAAAUCGGCCCUGAUUAACACGAUCUUCGAAUGCUUGGAGAUGGACAUACGUCCUGCCGUAACUCAAACGACUGGAAGGGAAGGAACGAAGAUUUUGGAGUCUUGUGAUCUGCUGCCGAACAAUGUCACAGUCUAUGACACAAGAGGCUUUUCCGAUUUUGGCAAAACGGAGGAAGGUAGAAACGUUUCAGUUCCAACACAAUUUUAUUUCGCACAAUACAGUACGUGUUUGUUAGUCCAGCGUAUAGAGUCCCCGGAAGCGAGAUGUAGCCAUAAUUUUGUGCCUUUAAGCAGUCAAAGAAUUGAUAAGCCGAAAUUUCGCCGUGCUAUAGUGUUUAAGGUUUCCUUCGAUUCUGUUCAAAACGUACCACGAUAAAAAUGCCCGAUAAUUAAAAGUUUGCUAAUAAUUUGAUAGAGAUCAGCGUUUUCAUCGUUUUCGAGGAUGAAAAAAUUAACUGAGGAGAAGGGGGUGAGGUCAGUGUUAUAGUAGAAUGCGAGCGUGGUUGUUGUCUCCCGGAAGCAAACGUGAAAUGUUUUAACAGAUUCCCUGAUCCCUAAACUUUAAGGUCUUCGACAAAGUCUAGUUUAGGGAUAGGGAAUCUGUUAGAGUAUUUCACAACAAUGUUUACCUCGUUUACCUGCCAGUCUGCAAGUCUGCAGUCUGCGUUUGUCGCACACCGGUGGAAAUCUUGUGCAUAAACAAAAAAACGGGAGAACGACGCGCUAUAAAAAUUAAAUACAGUAUAUCCAAAUCAGCUGAACAGGCUUAAAAAAAGUGCGGGAAAAAUUGCAUUGCCUGUUUUCGGAAGCUUCCCAAACGGAAAGUCGCGAAACAUUUGAUUUUCCUUCCGGAAUUUCCAGUUUUCCCAUGUAAAUGGUAAGUACCCCCAAUAACCUCUUCAAUAGUUCUGCCAUGCAUACUCUGUUUAUGGACUGUUAAUGAAAAUGGCUGAACACAGUUUUGCGGGCGGUCAGCGGUAACUCGCGUGACGGCACGUGUUUUAAGUUAGACAAACAAACAUGGCGGCGAAAAAAGCAAUGGUACAGAGAAGACAAUAUCUCAAAAUCUACUCGUUAAAAUUUUGUGAUAUUUGGCAUAAUUUUUACUUUUAACGUAUUUUUAAUAAUGAGAACUUUAAAAUGGAAGUUGAACAGACGAUUUUUGUGACACAUUUGAUAAUUACAAUACAAAUAUAUUAUUAGUUAUCUAAAAAUCCGUCUGUUAAAAUUUGGUCAAAUAAGUUUCAAAUGGUAAUGAUUAAUUAUAGUAAGCGGAGUACAAGUUUAUAGGAAAACCUAAUGAAAGAAUUUUAUGUAAACUGAGCAAAAGUGAAAUUUUAAGGUUGUAUUCAAUCGUUCAUGUCGCCAUGGAAACUACCAAAAUGACAAAUUUUACCUGUCAAUCAAAAUCUUUCAUCAGUAUAUUUUUCACUUGCCAAGUUUCAGCUUGUGAGCUGCAACGCUUUUCUUGCCAUAAUUUGCCAAAUGACAUAUACUCACAAACUGCCAAAACUGUGUUCAGCAACCUUAAGAUCUCUCUCAGUCUACAGAAUAUAUCCACCCAAGGCAAUGGACAGCACACAAUGGGUGGUCACUGCCAGAAGCCUUGUCCUUGAACCCCUUCCCCCAAUAGCUCUUUUUACCUUUCAAAGAAGGGUCUGUCGGUUUUCCAACCUUCUCCGAACAGGAUGGAAGGUCUACCAUAUUUGAAACAAAGGUAGUACCUUUUCCUCAAUGUUGUAAGACCCUGAUUGUUGGUAAACCCAGGAAUCGAGCUGGGUCUACCGCUCUCUGGUCUUGUACCCGACCAAUCGGAACUAACCAGUUUUCUUGCCUCGGAUGGACUGGUUUCAUUUUGGUGGGCAAGUCACAAUGCAAUUCUUUUUUAUUCAAAUAGGGGAGCUGUUUCGUAUUCUUUUUGGAAUUGAGCGAACUGGAGAGGAACUGGUGCGAGGCGACAAGGGUGCCAAAAAAGCAGCAACUGGCGGGGUCGGUGCUCACAAGCUUAAAAAACCUCCUCUUGCGGAUCAAAUGCAUGUCAUAUUGUGGGUCAUAAAAGCUAAUGAUAUCAGAUUUGAAAAAGGAAUAUACAGUGACAUAAUCAAGUUUGUUCAGCACAAGGCGAGAGAACAAAGUGAGUUCUUUACCUUUCUCAUAGUGCUCAUGUCCUUUAAAGGGACGCAAAUAAGAGGAUCCCCAAAAGGGUUUUUCAAUACCCUAAUCCCGACCCAAAAUUUCGAGCAAUCCGGUAAUCCCGAUGGUUAUUUUAAGCAUCCCACCUCCUGCGCAUACUUUCAAUCUCGAAUCCCGAUCUUCAAAUAAGGGAAAUCCCGUAUCCCAAAAAACCUAUUGGGGACCCUCAAAUUAGGCCCUGUUCGCACUACGACACAAAAAUUGCAAAAAAUUGGAAAAUUUGGUAACUUUGUUUGCACCUGAGACACGCGAAAGAAGUUACGUCAAUUUCGAUUAAAUCACAUGAUUGGAAUCGUUAGCGAAAUAAGAUGACCUGACGAAGGAUAGCUGUCAUGGAACAAAGGAUUUUGUUGCCUGACAAAAAAUUGUAGGCCUCCAAAACUUCUCGACGGCUUCUUUGAAAUUUGGCGACGCUUAAGAAAAUUUUGGUAGGUGAAAUGUGGUCGUACUUUCUGCUCCGUGUAAUAGGUCGUUCUGCGGCGAGUUCUGUACAUUCUGUAAACGAUCGAUUAAAAAUUUAGGCAGACCGUAUGGUAAUGAAUUACAGCUGUCUAAUCUGGAAGUGAUAAAGGCGUGAAGUAAGAUUUCAGUGCCAGUUGUUGAUAAACAGUCCCUUAUCCAUGCUAUGCUGAGCAACUGCAAAUAGAUCGUUGAUUUGCAGAUGCUAGUAACAUGCUGGUCAAGGGACAAAUGCUGUUCAAAUAUAACACCAAUAUUCUCGGCCGAAGAAGAUAGUUGGAUCCAUUCGCAGGAUAUUUCAAUAUGCUCUAUUGAUAGAAGUGGGCGAUGAUGACCACUCAAAAUCAGCAGUUCAGUCUUGUGCUUAUUCAACUUCUACAAGUUUUCUACACCAUCUAUAAAUCUAUCUCACUAACACACUCUUACAUGCUAUUAAGUCUAUUGAGCCAGGUUGUUUGGCUGCAUUAGCCUUAAAGGCCAAAUAGGGCUGAGCAUCGUCAGGAUAAGAGUUGAAAUCAAGAUUAUGCCGUUUAAUGAUGUCCCCAAGAGGUUAGUGUACAACAGAUAAAGCAUCGGGCUAAGGACAGACCUUUGUGAAACUCCAAAGCGUAGAUCUUUGACAGCUGAUUUGACUCAACCGACCACUAAAAACUGCUUUCGAUCCAGAAGAUAGAAUCUAAACUAUUUUAACACCUUAAAAUUCUAUUUUAGAAAAAAAAAACGAGACACGGAAAUUUAACAUCUUUCUGUUUUUAUGAUAUUUGCAAAUGAUUUGUCGGAAAUUAUGACAGUCAAGAAAUCAAUGUGAAUAAACGCCCCAUAAGAAACGCUUAAAAUUUAAUAAACGCCGCGGCACGUGAUCAAAUAAAUACGGUACUACUGUGGCAAAGUCACACGAGCCGAGGGACAUCCGCUCGAGGAAAUACAGCCUCUCCAAUAAGGCAAACUGAAGAGGAAAAAAGAUUUUCUUUCCAGAAAACGAACGAAGAGAACUAACUGGGGCUUAUACUGGAAAAAAACGGCUUAAACCUUAGUCGAUGACACCAAAUUUUCGAUCGGGUUCUCGUACUUUCUCCCCAUGAUACAUGUCUCAUAGUUUGAGUGUCAAAAGUUUGAAAGUGAAGGGAAAGUGGAAUUAAAGGGCGCUAGUAGAAUGGUAGGCUACAUGUUACAGUGUCAAGCCUGAUUUAUUUUUUUUAAUUUUAUUUCUUGCUGUUAUGUUAUAGUCAUUACGAUUAUCACGGUCAUCACUUUUGACGAUGAAAUACGAGAAUUGCCGAAUCCUGACGAAAAAAGAAGAAGAUUAAAGGAAGCAGCGAGAGAGGUCACUGGAAGCGAAACGAGGGAUGUCUUCUUGAUCGCGAACUCAAUACCUGAUCAAGAGUUUGACCCAGCGUACAAGAAGGAAGUUCUGAAGAUGUUAGAGCAAGCCUUAAAGUGUGGCGAGAGGUCAAUCAAGAUGCGGCAGGUUCAGAGAGAAAGUCCCAAGAGAUCCAUAUCCAAGCCUCAAGGCAGAGCUGAAAAAUCCGCUGUGGAAAACACGGAGGAGCCUAAUUACAAGAGCUGGUCAGGUUGACUUUACGACCAAGUCUCUAGUGUUCGCUCAGUACACCCACGAAUUAAUCUUUUGAAUGUUAUAGUUGUUUACUUUUUCUGGCUGUCGAAUUACUGUUCUUAUUCAUACGUUGUUGAAAGUACAGUGUUAUACAUUGAUUUUUGGGAUCAAGCGCUUUCCGUUACGGCGGCGAUCUUGGUUUAAAUUCUAUACUCACUCCCAGGCUAGACUCAGUACAUAUGAAACGAAAAUGGCCGCCCUUAGGGUAGGUGCUCGAUCCCGACGAUCCUAUGGGAAAAGGGCAGAAGAAAUCGUUUGCAAAACAAAUAGCCCUCCUGAGUUCAUAUCAAGGGAGUAGGUUCGACCCAGUAAAUCAAUCAACAGGGGCACCGGCACCCAACGUCAAUUUUAGGAAAAUAUCUGUUCGGAAGGCGAUUUGAGAUCUAGAAUUUUCGGAACAUUUGUUGUAAAAUUUCUUGCUUGCCUGCCUCUCCUAGGAUUUUUGAACAUAUAAAAAAUGGUACAUUUGCCCAUUUUUAACAGAUUUUUAGUCUAAAAAGAUCACCUAGAAUUUUCGUAAGUUUUGAUGCCUAUAAUUUUCUGAUCACUAGACUUUCAGCUAUGAUAUCCGAAAAGAUGAAAAAUUUUGGGGUACAAAAUAUGCCAAUAUCUACCGUUUAAAUAUUAAAAUGCGUUCAACAAUGCUAUGUUUAAGUGGUUUUGAACUAUAUUCUCGUUGGGUACCCCUGAAUCAAGCUACUUUUAUCGUCUUUAAGCGAGCUUCUUAGGCGUAGUAAGGGGCGAAAAAAUAAGCGGGGACAGGUGCUUAUUAAUGUUUACAAAUUCUUCAGACUUAUCUCCAUAUAUUUCCGUAAUAUAGCAAAGAAAAUUUAAAAAGAUCAAAGCAUCUUUUUGGCGGUCAGUUGACAAUUCUCAUAACCUGUUCUCUUGAUUAUGUGUUGACCUUGCAGUGACCUUGGGAAGAGACUUUCAAAUUUUCGCACCAUGAGCAGGCUAAGGUCUUCUUUUGGGUGGUGCAUCUCUUCGUGAUGUAGUACAUGUAUUUUAGUGAUAAUUUUAACCCUUUUUUGAGCCCUCCUAGCCUCGCCACUGUUGCACCCGUAUUGCGACAGUGAAAAUGGUCUGAACAGUUAAAAUUCUAUAAAUAUUUUGCCAGGGAGUAAGCGCACAUUUUUUGUUUUUGGGUACAAUUGGCGUAACUGGCGUAACAGAACACUGCCACCAGAGCCUUUUCUUUCGCUUCCUCGAAUUUGCCUUCCUCGGGAAAGACUCAUAAAUCGAUUAAGGUCUUUGUUGAGAAUGCGCCGCAUGUUGCUAGGAUACAGUUUCCAACCUAGGCCAAAUUAGGGCUUUCCACAAGUUGCUCGGCAACUUUUUGGCAACUUCUUGUAUUUCGCCAACUUGUUGCAUUCUGAGCAAUUUCUCUAGUUAUCAGUCUAAUUCUGAAAUGCCGGAGCAGCUUUUAUUGCCUUAAUUGCCCUUUUUUCAUAUUUUACAAUGUUCUAGUAGACAAUUUAAAAAUGACCUGUAAAAUCCUUACCCCCCUCCCUGGGCAGAUCAUGGGCGCACGAUAAAAGUAGCCGGGCUGCUAGGUAAGCGGUUUUUAUGGAAAAUUCAAAAUAUGGUGGACGAAGAUUCACACUCGACUGACUUGAGUGUCUCUCGGGUGAAGAAGGUCAUUCAACAAUUUAACUGGCUCAUUACAUUUUUUGGUUUUACUUGAGGAUAAAUCUAUUUAGUAACGCUGGUUACGCAGCCAAAUUGCACAUUAAUGCUUAGAAAUAUUGCUUUUGUUGUACAAUUUCUAUAUCUUAGCAUCAGACCAAAAAAAGUUUUUUGUUUUUUUUUUCGAGGAACGUUUGAGAAACUUUCGUUACAAAAGCACCUUUUGAUUGUUUUUUUAAGUAACUUUUGAGCAACUUUUUGAGAAAUUAUGGAAAACCCUUUGGAAAAUCUCGACUGCAACUUGUGGAAAGCCCUAGGCCAAAUAGCGAGCGUCUAGUAUCGGGGAAUCAGUUAUGACAGUCGAUUAAUCAAUAAACGCGUGCUUGCUCUUCAAAACCCUGUUUGACGAGAGAAACAAGAUAGUUCAGGCUGCGGCGACUUUAUAUGCUUGACCUGAUUCAGGCAGAACCUCCUUUUCUCCUCCUCAAUCAAGAAGACGAGAAAAGGAAGCUCUCGCUCACAGGGUGGCGUGCGUAACAGUGGUUUAGACAUAAAUGUGACUGCUGGUGUAACUGGGAUUUAGUUUCGUAAUAAUUGUUUGAAACUAUUCAUUAAGUACAUAUUAGAACUUGUUCAGCAGAGAGUUUUUGUUCAGGGCUCGAAAGCGUGAAGACAGCUCCUCUCACCCGAAAGUUUGUAGGUAGUAGGCAUUAAACAAUUGCAAUAGAGAUUUAUAUCCGUUAUUUAUUUAUCUGUUGUCAUUCCUCAGGAAGUAACG